UUAAGCAAGGAAUAUCGUUGUCAUUGAUCCAAUGCAUGCAAUAUGAAUAACCAAAAGCUUAUGAACGUGGACUGUGGAGCACUCUUAGACUGCAUUCGGUUAUAGGCUUGAGUAAGUUUUAUCCGGCAUUUGCUGGGCAGAGGUGGAGCAAACCAGUGGCACCUUUCACAUCAUGAAACUAGAAAUCGUCAGGGCCCAGCUCUGGUGAAUGACUAGGCCCCAAUGUGCAUUGACUUGACUGCCCAUUUGAUGGAGCCACGCGAAUGCACCUGGCCAAGUCCGGGUGGGGAGCCCCGGCCGAGAAGCUUCGGACAUCUUAGCUUCUUGCGCUGCUAUACCCGACCGCUCUUCAAAGGCCGGCCAGGAAGGCUACUUCUGGAACAACUGGAAGCAUGUCAGUUUCACAUCCACUGUUGAAGGAACUAAAAAAUUAUGUGCUAAUUCUGACAAAGGAUGCACAAACACAUAAUGAGGUCCUGGAUGAUCACCCAUCUAUGGUUCCUUUCUGUCAGGUGCUGGAGCGCAUAUUCCGCGAGGGCCUGGUCGGGCCCGUGUACACUCCAUUCGGCAUCACCAAACGCGACUACUGGUCCGUGGUGGAGUCGGUCUACCAGGAGAGGAUCAGCGUGUCGUCCAGCUUCCACCACUCGGUGGAGGCGGUGCAGAAGAGCCAGCGCGUGCACACGCAGCAGGGCCGCGGCCGCCUCUUCCUCCGCUGCGCCCUCUUCAAACGCUGCCUGCACGUGCCGUAUCGAGUCCCUGAUCCAGUGCGGGAAGAACCUGGCCGUGUACGACCGGGUCGACUCUGUGAUGGGUCACGAGAUCCUGGCCGAGAUCUGCCUCUCACUGCUCCGCCAGGUGUCGCUGCUCAAGUUCCGGUUGAAUGUGCGUAACGCCAGUUUCCUAGACGAAACGUGGCUGCUGCCGGUGUACCGGCGCUUCGAGUUCGUGCCCUGCGACCGACUCGGCCUGACGUUCGGGUUUUGCAAGUCGCGGAUGGUGGUGGUGGAAGUUGACCCCAACUCGGUGGCUGCGGAGGAGGACAAGGUCGAGUCGGGCGACAUCGUGGACGAGCUGUACGGCGAGUGCUGUUACGGCAUGCGACGCGGCAGGGUGUCGUCCCUGCUCAAGCUCUACCAGGGUAUGCCUGUCUACAUCAGCGUCGUCAAGUGUCACUCGGUCACGGGCGACCUGUACCCGCCGGUGAUCCCACUGCUGGAGCACCUGCGCCUCGACCUGGCCCAGCUGACGGCCACGUACCAGGCCAAGGCGCAGCAGCAGCGGCGCCAGGCCGAGAGCGCGGCGGCGGCGCCGGAGCGGGCCGACGCGGCCGAGCCGGACCCCGGCCCCGCCGCCCAGUACGUGGCCGGCACACCGGUGCACUACAUGGGCGCCGGCUUCGUCGGCAAUCGUGGCGACGUGACCGUCAUCGAGAUCGGCGUGGAGAACGUGCUGAGGAACCAGCCCGAGCCGCACAAGGUGCAGCUGGUGCUGGGCGAGACGGGCAUCACGCUGGUGGACCGGGCGACCGGCGAGGUGGUGCGCAAACACUGCUACACCGAGAUCGCUUCGUGCGGCCGCCGCAACGACCGGCUCCGGCACUUCGCCUACGUGGCCGGGGAGACGUCCUGCAACCUGGCCCGCUUCUUCUACUGCCACGUGUUCGAGGCGGUGGACGAGGAGCAGGCCAGGACCGUGCUGCACGGCAUCGCGGAGGGCUUCCGACGCACGCACUUCGCCGUGUAGCUGGCGGCGUUCGGCUCACGGCAGGGGCUGACGGGCCGCCGACUCCUGCCCGGCGGCGGCCGCUCCCCUCCGGCUGUGAUGGCCGCCGCCGCUCACCCCG